AUGUUGUUGGAGAAGAAGAAGCAAAAGUUUGACGAAAUUACGAAGGACUUCCUGAUAGACACUGAUGGUUUGCGAAAGAUUAUGGUCUUGCUCGAGCAAGCUUUUGACAAAGGACUAGCCAUGGAAACGGCAUCCAGUGCUUCCGUUUUGAUGCUACCCACAUAUGUCCAAUCGAUCCCGGAUGGGACAGAACAAGGAGAGUUCCUCGCUCUCGAUCUUGGUGGCACGAAUUUUCGAAUCUUUUUCGUCAAAAUUAUCAAUCGGGAAAUGAAGGUAAAAAGCACGACUUGUUGUGUGCCAAAUGAUGUGAUGAAAGCGACUGGAGAAGAGCUUUUCGAUUACAUAGCAAAGUGUAUUGCUGAAUUUAUGAAGGAACAUGGGUUGACAAAGAGCAAAUCUCUGCCUCUUGGCUUCACUUUUUCGUUUGCUUGCAAGCAGGAUGGACUGGCAAGUGCACGAUUGAUCGCUUGGACAAAGGGAUUUAAAGCUUCAGGAGUGGAAAAUGAGGAUGUGGCGGAGUUGUUGAGAAGCGCUUGCCAACGUAGAGGGGAUAUCAAUGUCGACGUGGUUGCUGUUUUGAAUGACACAACGGCUACUCUAAUGGCUUCUGCUUUUGAGAGAAACUCUUGUCAGAUUGCUGUGAUUGUCGGCACUGGAACGAAUGCCUGUUAUAUGGAAAAGUUGGAGAAGUGUGGGAAAUUGAGAAAGGGAAUUGACUUUGAAGAGGGAACCUUUGAUGAGAUGUGCAUCAACACCGAAUGGGGUUCAUUUGGAGAUCACGGAGAGUUGGAUUGGUUGAGGACGGAUUUUGAUCAGCAAGUCGACGAGGCAACCAUCAAUCCGGGACAUCAACUCUUCUUAAAAAUGACCUCUGGCAUGUAUUUGGGAGAGACGGUGAGAGCUGUACUUGAACGAUUGACACGUGAAGGAGUGCUGUUUGGUGGGCAAACGGAAGGCAUCUCAAAACAUGGGCUUUUCCUCACAAAAUACAUCUCUGAGAUUGAAAGUGAGUUCAUUGAAAACGAUGGCACUUUCCCGAAAACCCUCCAAAUACUCAAAGUGAUGGGUGUUGAAGAGGUCUCACAACUUGAUUGCAUUCGCGUGGCCACUAUUUGUACACUCAUUUCGACGAGGGCGGCUCAUUUGAUUGCCGCAGCUACAGCGACAAUCAUCAAACGAAUGGGGAAACCAUUCGUAUCGAUUGGGGUCGACGGAAGUGUUUACAGAUUUCAUCCAACUUUCUCUCGUUUACUCGACGAAAAGAUCUCUGAGCUGAUCGAUAAGAAUCUGAAAUAUGAGCUUCUGCUAUCCAUCGAUGGCUCUGGCCGGGGAGCUGCCCUCGUCGCCGCUGUUGCAAUGAGGAUGAACAAAAAGUUUCAUUGU